GAUGCUAGCUCAGCUGGUUGGUUUAUUGUACCAUCCAGUCCGCCUGAAUUUUGCCGCAAAGGAAACUGAAUCGAUACCAUUUUAAAACGUGCAACCAAGGAGCGGGAGAGACAACGAUGUAGUCGCUUACUGUUCGAUUUCUUUCUUAGCUGUUUGUUGAUUUAGUGCGUGUGUUAUGUUUAGCAUUAUUCUCUGUUUUCAUUGCCGCACCCACCACAUUCAUUUUUCAUUGUGGACUAGCUAGCGACCGUUUGCUGGGAGCUAACCGGAGCAGCAGGUGUAACGUUAUUUUGAAGAACCAACUAGCAACCACCGAGCAUCGCUGUUGUCUCAAAUUGCUAAUUUGAAAUCAUAUUUUGAUCAGCUCCGAGAUUUAUGCCACAUCUUUACAAUCGUUACAGCCCAGUAACGUUAAUCGGUUAGCCCGUUAACGGUCAUCAUGACAGGUGAGAAGAUACGCACCAUGCGAAAGGACCACAACAAACCAAACAAAAAUGAGGAGAUAAUGGACACGUACGAUGAGACAUCAAACGGGACUAUCCCUAACGGUACCAGCAACCAUUUCAAGUCCAACAAGGCUUUUCAGAAAGCAGUCAAAUCCUCGGCACUGCAGCAGCAACAGCAGCUCAACGCGAACAACAUCAACGGCAAUCCAUCAUCGGUUGGCACCAUCGUUAAUGAUAACAACAAGAAUCCCAUUAUCCUGACCAGUGAGGACUUGGAGUUCCCAGUUCAUGAGUGCGUGUUCAAGGGAGAUGUGCGUCGGCUCUCCUCUCUCAUCAGGACCCACAGCAUCUCCCAGAAAGAUGUACAUG